AUUCAUUCGUCUCUUUGAAAAUGGGUUCGAAAUAUGGGUUGCUUCCAUGGCUAACCGUGGUCAUGGUGCUUGUAGCUUCAUCAAAGGGAGACUUUGACCAAGAUAAAAACAAGUGUGCGGACCAACUGAUUGGGUUAGCUACCUGCCUUCCUUACGUCAGUGGUCAGGCCAAGGCUCCAACCAUGGACUGUUGUUCUGGGCUCAAGCCGGUCUUGCAAAAGAGCAAGGUUUGUUUAUGCAUCUUGAUCAAGGACCGUGAUGAUCCCAAUCUCGGACUUAAGAUCAACGCCACCCUCGCGUUGGGAUUACCUGAUUCUUGUCAUGUGCCUUCUAAUAUCACUGAGUGUCCUAAGCUUAUGAACUUGACUCCAAACUCUCCUGAAGCAAAGAUAUUUGAAGAUUACGGUAAAAAUGCUAACAAGAACGGCACGAUAGUUGUACCAGGGAAUACAAGCAAUGGAAAGAUUGGAUCAAGUGGUGACAUGAAGAAUGAUGUUGGAAGGGGAAAUAAGUGGUUUGGAGUUGAGAAGCUUUGGGGGUUUUUAUAUAUAAUUAUUAUAUUUCUUUUUCAAGUUGCCUAAAUAGCUCAAGAAAUGCUUAAUGUCUUUCCCCACCUCAAAUUUAUUAUUUUCACAUGUUAUUUUUAUUACCAUUAAAGUGUUUUAUGUAUUUAAAAUUUAAAAAAAUAAAUUGUAUUUGAUAUUACAUAUACAAUAUAGAUAUUUCGUUACUGUAAUAUUAACAAUAAGUAUGAUUAUAUAUGUGUAUGUAUACUCAAGCAUCCACAUUUGUCAUAGUUGACGAGCUUUGAACUA